GCCAUUUCAUCAAGUCAGAGCCAAAGGAAAGCUUGAAAAAUGAAGACAUUAGCAAGAAUUGUUCUGGGACUUGUCAUCUUUGAUGCUGCUGUGACUGCCCCAACUCUGGAGUCUAUCAACUAUGACUCAGAAACCUAUGAUGCCACCUUAGAAGACCUGGAUAAUUUGUACAACUAUGAAAACAUACCUGUUGAUCAAGUUGAGAUUGAAAUAGCCACUGUGAUGCCUUCAGGGAACAGAGAGCUCCUCACUCCACCCCCACAGCCUGAGGAGGCCCAGGAAGAGGAAGAGGAGGAGGAAUCCACUCCCAGGCUGAUUGAUGGCUCUUCCCCCCAGGAGCCUGAAUUCACAGGGGUUCUGGGGCCACACACAAAUGAAGACUUUCCAACCUGUCUUCUGUGUACUUGUAUAAGUACCACCGUGUACUGUGAUGACCAUGAACUUGAUGCUAUUCCUCCGCUGCCCAAGAACACCGCUUAUUUCUAUUCCCGCUUUAACAGAAUUAAAAAGAUCAACAAAAAUGACUUUGCAAGCCUAAGUGAUUUAAGAAGGAUUGAUCUGACAUCAAAUUUAAUAUCUGAGAUUGAUGAAGAUGCAUUCCGAAAACUGCCUCAACUUCGAGAGCUUGUCCUGCGUGACAACAAAAUAAGGCAGCUCCCAGAAUUGCCAAUCACUUUGACAUUUAUUGAUAUUAGCAACAAUAGACUUGGAAGGAAAGGCAUAAAGCAAGAAGCAUUUAAAGACAUGUAUGAUCUCCAUCAUCUGUACCUCACUGAUAACAACUUGGACCACAUCCCUCUGCCACUCCCAGAAAAUCUACAAGCCCUUCACCUCCAGAAUAACAACAUUCUGGAGAUGCAUGAAGAUACGUUCUGCAAUGUUAAAAAUUUGACUUAUAUUCGUAAGGCACUAGAGGACAUUCGAUUGGAUGGAAACCCUAUUAAUCUCAGCAAAACUCCUCAAGCAUACACGUGUCUACCUCGUCUGCCUGUUGGGAGCCUUGUCUAAUUUCAGAUAAUGGUUAGCAUUAUGAUGGCUACUAUAAAUAAACCAUUCUUACUGCUCUCUUCCAAAACAAAACUCAGCAUGAUACUUUGAGAUUGUGUUCUGAGAGAUGAUAUGACUACAUAAAAUACAAUUAAAAAUGUUAUAAUGAAAAUGUAGUAAUUUAAGAAAACACCAGAUGAGUUAGGAAUAAACCUAUAACAUUUACAAAAAGAGCAAAACUAAGUGAUAGAAAAUAUUUCACAUAUGUUCUUAUAGAUCAUGUAUCACUUGCAAGUUUUAGGAGUUCAUAUACUAUGUAAUUUCAAAUUAAGUACACAAUAAAGUAAAAUUUUGAAAUGAACACUUUAGGUAUUUUUGCCAAGAUUUAGAUAUUUUUAAUUAAACUUUUCUCUUCCUUUUUUUUCCACUAAUGCAUGUUUAUUCCCCUAAUCCAUUAAAGAGCAUGAAGAAAAGAAUAAAAGUAUUUGAAAAUUA